AUGGCCGAGAACCAGACUGAUAUCAGAUGUAAUGAUAGUUUACUAAAUGUGACGCCAUGUAAUACAUUCCCGUCCCUGCCUCGGGAAUUAACUUUUAACGAUGACAGUCUAGUGUCAGUGAUAACGUGCUCCUGUUUAUUUAUCAUCGCAGCGUGUGGGAAUUUAACUGUUUUCAUCACACUAUUUCGCAACAGGAACAUAAAAUCUCGGGUGAACCUCUUCAUAAUGCACCUGUCGAUUGCGGAUUUAAUUGUAACGUUUGUGAUGCUACCUCUUGAAGCAGCCUGGCACCUUACAGUAGCCUGGAAGGGAGGGGACAUGGCCUGUAGAGCUAUGAUGUUUUUCCGUGCCUUUGGAUUCUAUUUAUCGUCAUUCAUUUUAGUGACUAUCAGUCUUGACAGAUAUUUCGCCAUCAUGCAUCCGCUAAGUUUAAACGAUGCUGAUAGACGUGGACGGAUUAUGUUAUCAUUAGCUUGGAUAUGUAGUAUAGUUGCCAGCAUUCCUCAGAGUGUGAUAUUUCAUGUGGAGCGUCAUCCCGUGUAUGAAUGGUUUACACAAUGUGUUACGUUUAACUUUUUCCCGUCACCGAGCCACGAACUUGCCUAUAAUUUAUUUAAUGUAAUAGCUGUAUAUGGACUGCCUUUAGUGAUCAUUACUGGAACUUAUUCCUUGAUAUUAUGUGAAAUUUCAAAAAAAUCGAGACAAAGUCAAAUGCAGUUAGAGAGCUCGUCUAUUCGACAGAAAGGUGAAUUAAGAAGAUCUGCUAUGGGUAUUAUAGAAAGAGCUAGAAUCAGAACGUUGAAGAUGACUCUUGUGAUAGGUAAGAUACAUAUUGUUUUCUUUCUAUUAUUUCUUUCGGGAUCCCUGGUGGAUUGA